UAUGAGCAUUGAGUCUGUGCAAAACAUUACUGGUUCUUAAAAAAAUAAAAAAACAAGUGUAAAGAAAGCGUAGCUAGAGCAGUAUUACUUCCUGGAAAAUCCAUAGAAAAAACGUGCUGUAAAACCAUGAAGGUUAUUUCCUCCAUUGUGAACCGUAGCGUAAAACGCUGUAACGCCACAAAAGGACAAUAACUAUGUUCUUGAGUACACAGUGCAGGGAAAUAAUACUACGAAACCAAGUUGCGUUUGAUUUAUAUGGGAUUCGAGGCGUCAUGUAACAGAUCGAUUAGUUUCAGCCUCUAUGAUAAUAUGCUGUUUAUGCAUCCACUCCAAAAAUAACGUUCAGAGUUAGGCCUACAUAGAGAAUUUUACUUUUAGCGUACUAACGUCUUCUAUUGCAGUGAGUAGCGGACAAUUAUUGAAAUACCAUUACUGAAAUGUGUAAGAUGAGGAUGAAGGAUUUUGAUGUAGCUAAUCGUGAGUUGGCAGUUCAAGAAAGAAUCAUUACAUGCAUGUUGGUCAUAAGCGAGUAAAAGUAAGACAGGAUUCUACAAUAAAGACUCACGUCAACAUUGUUUUAGUGAAACUUUUCCUAAUAUAAAAAAAAAAUAUUACAUGUUAACUUGUCACAGAAGUUAAUAUAACGAACGUCAACAUGAAUAGAACAAUGGUCAAUUAUCUUCGUGGAUUCAACUCGUUUGAUUGCAGUUUUAACUUGCGUGUACUGGCAGACGAUCAAGAGGUAGGAUCCGCCUAUGAACAAGCAAAAAUACGAGGGAGACUUCCUUUUAACCGAACCAAAAUCCUAAUAUUAGGAGAUCACGGUGUGGGAAAGACAUCGACAUGUAGACGCUUAAGAGGAAAUAGUUUUCGACGCGACGAGGCUACGACAAUAGGAAUUGAAACAAAUACUGUAAAAGCUAACGUUAGUGAUGUCAACAGUAAGUGGUGUGACGUAUCAGAAACAUCACUAGAAGACUAUGAACGUUCUGCAGCAUGGUGGGCUGUAUCACAUAUGUGUAAAACCAAUAAAAGCGAAAUUUCCAAAACUAACAACAGACCUGGGGCGGUGGUUAAAGAUGCAAUCUACCAAGGUUUACAUAUAGUUCCACUCAUCCUUGUAUUUCUUUUUAUUGGUUUAAACUUUGGUUUUGGGUUAUUUGUAUGGGCAUAUAUAAUUUGUUUUAUGCCUAUAUUAGAUGUUCACACUGCGUACCGUGCCGGUAGUGGAUAUGCUAUGUCAUUAGUGAUUAUAAUACAUGGACAAAUUUGGUUAACUGAAACUUACAACGCAUUACCUGAAACAGAAACUUCAAGGUUGGUGAAUAUUAUCAUGACAAUGUUAGUGUACGGAGUGCUCACUGUUUUUGUUGGCCUAAUGAUUGGUGGCGGCGGCCGGACUGGCUUAUGUGUGGCACUAUGCUUUAUGAUUCCGCCAGAACAAAUAGAACUGUUAUAUCCAAACUUAUCAGACACGAUGAUGUGGGAAGUUCAUAACGUUUAUUUUGGACUAACCAUUUGGAUUUUGACUGUCUGCUCUGUGGCAAUUUUUAGGUAUAUUCAUGGUAAAAUAUUACAUUUGAAUCGGAUGGCCCAUCUAUUACUUUCAAUAACUGUUGUAGUCCCAAUUGUGAUUCUUUUUUACCAGGGAUCGCAUUCCGUAUUAUUACUGAAGUCAUUUGGAACCGUAGUACUUAUUUUUUUGAUGGUAACAGGUUGUUUAAUUGGAAGAAAAUGUUCUGCUUACUGGUACGUGCCACAAAACUAUCUGAUUAAAAAAUCUAUUAGCUUCAUUUUUGGAAUCUGUAUGGUAAGACGUUUGGGAUGGAAAUUCGUAGAUUUGGACACUCUGAACUUAACAGAAAAACAAUAUAAAUCUAUUCCGUAUUUUCUGUUACAUAUAAUGCUAUUUUUUAUACCAAUUGUAUUAUUCUUUGUGUAUGAAUGUUUAUCAUACAUCAAAGUCAUGAAUACAUUGUCUGUUCCUUUACCAUACAUCGGUCAGUCUUUGAAGGCAAUCGUUCGUAACGAAUCGUAUCUGGACGCUAGACUCAGUCUAUGGGACUUCGCUGGACAACAGAUGUACUACAGCACUCAUCAUCUCUUUAUGCCUAAGCAAGGAGUGUAUCUUAUCCUUUUCAACGCUGUUGAAGCGGUUAUGAAUCCAGAUAAACAAAUCAAACGGCUACAAUUUUGGUUACAAUCAGUUGCUAUGCAUGCAGAUGUUGAAAAUGUUGUAGUAUUGCUUAUUGGAACAAGAAGAGAAAGUGUGCAUGACAAAACUGAUCUGUUAUAUUUCUCAACACUCGCAAAAGCAAAACUCUACAAACGUUUCUCUAAGUUGAUUGUAUUUCAUCCGUUAGGAAACAUUGUGUUUUACGUCGAAAAUUUACUAAGUACGGACAAAGAAAUCAAUACAUUACGAGAGGUAAUAUACAAUGAGGUCCAAAAUAUGAAGUAUUUUCAAGAAAAAUUUUUAAUUAAAUAUCUUCUAUUCAAUGAAAUUUUAAACAAGUUUCGACAACAAACAUGCAUUAUUAUAGGGUUAAAUGAGAUUUUAGAAGAAGUAAAAUCAACAUGUAAAAUAAUGUCACAAAAUCAAUUGCGUCAGUUCUUGGAAUUCUUUGACAGAGCUGGUGAUGUAAUAUACAAUGAACGAGAUGAAGCGCUUCGAAACUACGUAAUUUGUGACCCUCAGAAGCUGGUAGACAUUUUGCAAACCUUGGUAAAUGUGCCUGUACCUCAUAAGAGAACUCGGGCCGUAGCUGACUACUGGCAAAAAUUAGAAGACACAGGAAUUGUCGACAGCAGAUUACUGGAGUAUAUUUGCCAAGAACAUGCAAUUUGGAAAUAUUUUCCUCACGUUCUUCGUUUCUUAGUGGGAACACACCUGCUUUUCCCACUCAUUGUUACUAAUCAAGUCGACCAAGACGGUAAAUUUUGUCUUCCAUGUCGACUGCCAAAGAUCCAUCUAACGUCAAGUAUAUGGAACAAUAAUGAACACUUACAAGAUAUAUUUUAUUUUGACUUCUAUGAAUUCCUUCCAGAAUUUAUAUUUCUGCGUCUUAUCGCUAAAUGUUGUGAAGAGUUUGAUUGGGAUAAGAUCUAUUAUAAUGCAGCACGAUUCAGGACCAGUAAAUCAUGUCUAUUUUUCAUCAGCACACUAGUCAUUUCUGACAGAAAUCUGAUCAAAGUUGCAGUGCAUAAUGAAGACAAGGCUCAGGCAGUUUACGUGUUACAGAAAAUGAUUACUUUCAUCGAGGAGAUAGUUAAUCGUGAUUUCAACCCGGACUGUUUUUGGGAUCAGUACUGCUGUGGUCCUGAAUGUGAAAGAUGUAGUUCUGUGGAUGGCAAAAUAUGCUUGGUGAACUUAAUAACAUCUGAUAACAAUUUUAUCUCUGAAUUGGAUGGCUAUAGACCAGACCAAUACCAUAAAAUUUUACUUACACCAAAGUUCAGUUUCACAUGCAGUCGAGAGUGUAACAAGCAGGAUUAGGAUUUGAGACCCUUUAUUCAGGUGGAGAAUACUAAUGAAGCAGGCAGAGAUAUUAAUAGAAGAUUCACCACUGAAGAGUACCGAUUUAGGAGUCGAUGUAAAUUGCAUCCAAUGACCUACUUAUCUAGCCUCUUUUAAUAAACUACUGUGUACCCAUUUAAACGUGAGCAGUGAAUAGUUACAAAAAUUUCACACUAACAGGGAAUGUUACGGUUUAACUGAUUUGACAUCCUCGAGAAUCACAACUAUAGCUAAAUCUCGGUCUUUGUAAAUAGCCUAAUUGAGAAAGCUGUCCAACAUACAGCUCUACGAACAUUCAACCAAUAAUAAAUUACUAUGCACUAAUUGGGGUAGGACCUGGUCACUCUACGUCUUAGUACUGCUUUCAAAUAUUUAAUACAUAAUAACUGGCUUGGUAAACUUAACCAAUGGUGCCGUAUUCUUUGGCCAUGGGCAACGCAUUUGCUAAUUAACACAUUGUACGCAUUGCUUAAUUACCAAGGACUUUCAAAACAUGUCCCCAUUAUUGGAAGAAUUUGGCAUUAUAGGAUACAGCAAGUAGUGAAGUAAGGAUACAAUUGUUAUAGAAAGCACUUUC